GAUAAAAUGCUUAAAUCUACUCAGCGUUUGGUUGCAUUUGCUAUUAUUCAUCAUGCCUACUCUUCCCAACAACCUUCUUCAAACCCUCUCAUUUCCUUUCUUGUGAAUGCAGCAUGUGAUGAUGAAGCUGAAAAAUGUGAAAGGGCAUUUAUCCUUCAAUUGUUAGGCUCUGCCAGCUGCCCCAAUAGUAAAGAGGUUCUUCAACAGAGUGCUGUGGAUUACAUGAACAACUUUGACCUGUCAUCACAUGUGAGUUGUACAGAUACAUAUUGGCAAAUGUGGGCAACUACAUAUGCUUUUGAUUUCAAACUGCACAUCAUGCCUAAGAUGCUGGUGAUCCUUGUGAUCGAGACAGUGAUUUGGGCUUUUCCUCAACGCGAGCAGUUGCAGCAGCAGUAUUGUGAUAAAGUUCAUACACUACCAUUUAAUUGUUUAUUCAAGAACAGUGCUGUCAAAAAUGUGGUACCAGACCCUGAUGUACCCCGUGGUUGUGAUGAAAAUUCCCCAGAGUUUGACAUGCAGCCUGGAGUUAAACCUAAAAUCGGAUCUGGCAACAGAGAUGAGACACUAAUUGGAUCAUUACAAAACUUAUCGCUGGAAGGAUUAGGUCCUCGGUGGAUUAGGCCAUGUCCACCAAGGCUCCCAAUACAGGAUGGAGAGCUAGUUUGGCUGAACCCUGACAACAAUCAUGAGCUUUUAUGGGAUUAUGGGAUGUGUGCUGAUACUAGCAAAGGGGCAGCUGUUAGGGAUCUAAUUGCAAAAGCUUUGAAGGGGCCACUUGCUCCUGCACAACAAGAAGAGAAUCAGGAAGGAGAGAACAAGAAGGAGAGAGGAAGUAGAAGAAAGAAAGAAGAAAAGGGAAAGAGCGAAGAAGAGAUUGAUGAGGCUCAAUUUGGAUGUGAUGUAUUGAAGAGGAAGAAAUCUAUGGCUACUUAUUUCUUCUCUCAAUACUCAAGUCUUAGGUAUGAUCUUCCCUCCUCUUCCUCUCCUCGUCGCCAAUGUAGAUCUAGAUACUGGUUUGAUCGAAGCCUUCUUCUCUCUAUGGUGAUUUUGGAUAGGGAACGAAGGCAAAACGACAUUCGUCCCUCCCCUGUUUUUUUCUCUUCCUUUUUCCACCAAUAA